GCCGUUACCCACAAGGGGGGCGCGGGGCCGGCCCCGCCCGUCUCCCCCGGUGCCUCCCGCUGUCAGGAGAAGAGGCAGCCGCGGCCCAGCCGCGUCCGCCCCGGCCGCACUCCUAAACAUUCCCCGACUCCGCGCAGCCCUCACUACGCUCCCUAAAAGCGUCGGUGAAGCUGACCCCGACCCGCGCGCGUGUGGGCAGGAGGGAGCGCAGACCCUCUCCGCCCACCCUGGCAGCCCCUCGACGCGGGCGGGCGGCCCCUAGCCCCGGCCCGGCCUCCCGCUGAGCCGCUCUUCCCUGGCAACCGCCUCCCGUCCGGGUCCUCGCCCCGCGGCCCGGCCGGCGCCUGCCCCUUUAAAUGGCGGCCGCGGCCCCGCCGUGCGCCCCGCUCAGGCAGUUCGCGGGCGCCGCGCCGCUCUCGCCCCCCUCCAUGGAAGUUGAUGAAGUGGAUCAUGGUGUUACUAGCCAGCUGGUUGCAGAUUCACAGGAGACUCACAGCUCGUGCACAGAGAAGAUGCAGGUUCCUGCUCAGUAUAGCUGGAGUGCUGACUGGAGCUUUUGGCUCUCAAGUUCCACUUACAAAUACAGGAGUGAGGAAUUCAAGAGGCAGUUUUCUCAUCUGCCAGAUUCAGAGAGACUCAUUGUAGAUUAUGCUUGUGCUCUCCAGAAGGAUAUCCUGCUGCAAGGACGCUUGUAUCUCUCUGAAAACUGGCUCUGUUUCCACAGCAACAUCUUCCGAUGGGAGACUACAAUUUCCAUUGCUUUGAAGGAUAUCACUUUCAUGACAAAGGAAAAAACUGCUCGGCUCAUUCCAAAUGCCAUACAGAUAGCAACAAAAGGAGAAAAGUUUUUCUUCACAUCGUUCAGUGCAAGAGACAGAAGCUACCUCAGUAUCUUUCGCUUAUGGCAGAAUGUGUUGUUGGAUAAGAGGCUGACCAAGCAGGAAUUCUGGCAGCUGGUGCACCAGAGCUAUGGCUCUGAGCUGGGCCUGAACACUGAGGAGAUGGAGAGCUUCCACUCAUCAUCUGAGGACAAUGGGCAGUGUCGAUCUAGCAUUUGUGAUGAACCUGGAGAAAGGGAUGACAAACUACCUAAAACAGCUGGUUUAGUUCGGGAAUCCACACUUCAAACAGAAGGAGAGUCACUCAAUAGACACGUGUUGUCAGGCGUGGAAGAGUCUCUAAAUGAGAAACAAAUAAAGAAGAGCCCCAUUCCAUCUUCAGAAAGGAAAUCUGUUAAGCUAGUCAGAAGCAGAUCUUUAGAAAAAUCCUUAGAUCUGAAUGAGAAUGAAAAUCUUCAAGAGAAGAGCAGUGCCUCAGACAGUGAAGAAGUGAAGGAGACUGCCUCUGAGAAUGAUCUCUAUGGGAGACUUUUUAUAAACAGAGUUUUCCACAUCACUGCAGAUAAGAUGUUUGAAAUCCUCUUCACCAAUUCUCACUUCAUGCAGAGGUUUCUCAAUUCCAGGAGUAUAGUAGAUGCUGUGUCAACUCCUUGGAAUAGAGAUUCCAGCGGCAAUCAGUUGAGGACUUUGACAUACACUGUGACAAUUAACAAUCCACUCUGUGGGAAGUUUACGACUGCAACUGAAAAGCAGGUCCUGCACAAGCAGAGCCAGAAAGGUCAGUCUUAUCAGGUGGAUGCUGAGGUGCUGACCCAUGAUGUCCCCUACCAUGAUUAUUUCUACACUGUGAACCGAUACUACAUCAGCCGCACGUCCAGUCACAAAUGUCGAUUACGGGUUUCUGCAGAAGUAAAGUACAAAAAGCAGCCUUGGGGCCUUGUCAAAUCUGUAAUUGAGAAGAACACCUGGGGAGGGAUACAGGAGAACUUCAAACAACUUGAAUCAGAACUGCUAAUGGAGGAAUAUGCAAUUAAUCAGUCCAUAGAAGACUCUGGAAAAUUAGUUGCCCUGAGACGAAGACGACGCACUUUACACCGGAGUCUGGCAGAAUCACUUCCCAAACGCUCUUCCCAGCACUCCUCUGGUGACAUGGGGCUAGAGUCCCAGGGUAGCAUCAUAGGAAGGAAAAGAGAUGCUAUUAGUAGGACCACUACCAUCAUUGUAGUAAUGAGUGUCUUUUUGCUGCUCUUGGUUUUGCUCAAUAUAACACUGUUUCUCAAGCUGUCAAAAAUAGAGCAUGCAGCUCAGUCCCUCUAUCACGUCCAGCUUCAGGAAGAGAGCUCUUUGAACAUAUCCCCAGAAAUGGGAUCGAAAGAGGAGAUUCCUCAAUAUGAUAAGGAACAGGUUAAACACGUGAAGGGAGUACUAAGAGACUCAAUUGAAAUGCUUGAGCAGCUCAAGCUCUCCCUUUCCAUGCUCCAAAGAAGCUUUGAUCACUUGAACAAGACACAGAGCAGCAAGACUGAGAGUUAAUGCCCACGGCAGGUUGCGAGUCAGGACCUCAGAAGAGAAGAUGUGUGUUUAAGGACUUGUGGAGUAGGGACUGUAACCAUCUUUGGACUCUUUUUUUCUAUUUUGGCUCAAAAGCUUCAUGGAAUAAAGGUUUCUAGAAGAAGUAAGUGGAGCUCUGUGCUCCUGUAGCUCAGUGAUUGGCCUUCACUGCCAGCCCUGUGCUCAAAGCAAGAUCUGUGGGUAGCAGACACUCAGAAGGCAGCUGUGCUGCUGGUUACUGGAGGAGAGGGAAGGUCCUCAGCAGUGCUGCCUUUGUGCUGGAGGAGUCCUAGUGGUGUCAGCCUGAGCCACGGCCAACCAGAAGUGCUUUGGAGGAGAGGAGCAGGUAGAGGUUCCACACCCACAGGUUAUUGAUAUCCCUUUUCAGACAGGUGGAGCCUGUAACAAGAAGUCACCAUCUCCAAGGACGAGUAUUUCUAUAAUGAAUUAACUGAGCAGGAAGGAGGAGGCGUGGAUCAGAUGAUCUCUGGAGGUCCCUUCC